GAGAACCCAUGCAUGCACGGAGAGAACAUGCAAACUCCAUGCAGAAAGACCCCCAGUUGAGAAUCAAACCCAGGACCUUCUUGCUGCAAGGCAACAGUGCUACCAACUGCACCACCGUGCAGCCUCUUUACUGGUUUGAAUUUGUUGAAAGAUAUGUUUUUGGAUUACCUUACAUGUUUUGGUAUAUUUACAAUAGGGCUGAAAUUAAUUAAUUGGAUUGAUUGUGAAUAAUCAAUUAUUGAAAUAAUCGUCAACUAAUUCAGCAAUCGACUAAUCACUGGAGGAAAGGACAACGCUAUUAAGUAAAUAAAAACAGUGUUAAUGAGACGAAUGGCUUAUUCCGUUCACUUCUUGAUGACAUUUUCAAUUUAUUGUGUUGUAGCAUCAAAAAAAACAUUAUAGAUCAAACUGGAGUUGGAAGUGACCGGGGACGUUAUUUAUGAAGUGCUAAAUAAGACCUUGGUGACAUUUAUUAAUAUAAAAAAUAUAUAUAUCAUUUUGGAAAUCUUUAAAUACAUCUAAUCAAGUGUACGAGUUGACGUGAAUGCACCAUGGGCAUAAAAAAAAAACACUGUCGUAAAACACCGUGUAGAAGCGCCACUGUUGGGGAGACAAGUCUCAACGGGGGAACCCGGUUUGACACAACACCUGUUUAUCGUACAGCUUGUUCCCUCAGCUGAGCCCUUCUUCCCCCUGAUGCCGCAAAAUCAGGCCAUACCUGUCCGUGUCAGUCCACACUGCUUCAACAGCAGCUGUUACAAAUGCAGUGGGAUGCCCAGUGGUAGCUAACGCACGCCGUAAACCGCUCUUAACGCAGCGUCCAGCGGUGUGUCAAAUGUAACCUGGCCGCUGCUGCUAACUUGUCCGCUAGCCAACAGUGUUAGCUCAGCUGCAGCAGUGAAACGGCCACAUAUGAAGUUAAGCUACAGUGAAACACAGCGUCAUAAAUAAGACGGAAAAACUAUAGCAGUAACGUCAGAAAGCAGCUUGAACAGUUAUUUUUUUUUUAUCUCCCAUGCGGACGUUUUGUCGGCUUGUUCCGGUCGUAGUAAGUUCGGAGAGGUUUAGCGACCUUUGGCCUCGGCGGCAGCGAUGUUGCUGCGCACGACUGCAACCCGCCUACUCGGAAGACCUGUUCCUUUUAAGAGGAUUGCCAAAAACAUGUCGUCCUCCUCAGCUGCCGGAAAGAGACUGCGGGUGCUGGUCGACAUGGACGGGGUGCUGGCGGACUUCGAAGGGGGGUUCCUGAAGAAGUACCGGGCCAGGUACCCGGACGAGCCCUUCAUCACUCUGGAUGACAGGAGAGGGUUUUGGGUGUCAACACAGUACGGGCAGCUGAGAAGCGACCUAUGUGAAAAAGCCAUCAGUAUUUGGCAGUCCAAAGGUUUCUUCAUAGACUUGCAACCUCUGCCUGGAGGAGUGGAGGCGGUGAAGGAGAUGGCCAGGAUGGAUGACACAGAUGUCUUUAUUUGCACGAGCCCCAUUAAACAUUACAAACACUGCCCGUAUGAGAAGUACGCCUGGGUGGAGAAGCAUUUGGGCGGCGACUUUCUGGAGCAGGUCAUUCUGACCAGAGACAAAACCCUAAUUGCUGGUGACCUCCUCAUAGACGACAAGCCUGACAUUCAAGGGGUGGAGCCCAGACCAGCUUGGGAACACAUCCUGUUCACCGCCUGCCACAACCAGCAUCUGUCUGUCUGUCCCUCCCAGAGACGGCUCCUGUCUUGGUCGGACGACUGGCGGGCCAUUCUGGACAGCAAAAGGCAGUGAGGGACCCUGCUUCCCGACAUCCUCCGCACCCUAGUAACCAGGGUAACCAGAAGCACCUGUAAAACUGAUCGUCCCACUGUUGACUUUGCAACAAUGGCAAAGGAUCAGCCUUCUCUACCUUCGUUUCUGGAAAAGAAAAUUGAAGUCAGCUGUACAAUUGUUGGGAGAGAACACUCACUUAUUUUACCACCAGGGGGCAGCAUGACACUGGUUGAGAAGUUGUUCUGACAGCUACACUUUCCACUGAACACAAAGUCUAAAUAAUUGGAUGUCAGUUUCAACAGGCCAGACUGCAUUGGCUGAAGCUGUUGGUCUCUUCACCCCUUAUUCUUCCUAAAUUUGGACCUUUUUACUGAGAAUCCAUCUUGUUUUAUUUUUCAGGCUGCUGCAGUGUUUUAUUUAUGGCGUCAUUACAAAAGGACAGUUGCAUAAAUGUGUCUGUGCACUGUGAUUCACCCACAAACAUCAGAGCACAGGAAAAUGAACAAAAAUAGCCUCACAGAGCCAUAACCGGUGAGAGUUUGCACAGGAGUGGGACAAUUAUACGUGGGAUUACUGUAAUUGUUAUGGCUGGAACUAAUUUUUCCUGUACUUGAUUGAAACACCACUUUAAUGUACGGACGUUUACAUCCCCUCAUCAUUGGCGUCAGUUUUUUUACUUUUAAUGAUACGUAUGAAUAUGGCUGAAUUCAAAUUUGGUGCACGAUAGACCUGCUGUUUUUGGCAUGCGCCAUCAAGUUCUAGCAGCUUGAUAAGAUUGGGCUAUCUGGGCACAAGGAUCAGAAGAAUGUUUAGAGGAGCUAAGGUAAGGCUUUCUGAAGCAAGAUCACGGUCAAGCAUGGCGGCAGCAUCAUGCUCAGGGUUUGCUUCCCUGCAAGUGCAUCACAUGGAGUAGGACUAGUCCCACAUUUUUCAACUCGCCUUUAAAUUAACAACUGGAUAGUUAAGAGGUGAAAACUAUUGCCUGACCAGAUAUUGAAGGCUGAAUGAAUCUUGUGAAUCAGAGAAAAUUAACAAUCAGUUCAAACUUGUGCACCAAAAUGCGUUGAGGUUGUAUACCACCCUGGAUGAAGGAACCGUUCCAGUUCAUCAUUGAAAGCCCCUAAGAAGAAUCUAACAUUCAAGCCAAAGAUGAAGGGAUGUAAACUUCUGACCACCACUGUAAAUGCAGAUGCAUAAAUCUGCUGGGAAGUUCUCUCUUUUUUUUUAAUGCAGUUAAAAUGACAACUUUGGUGCUCUUGUUUUAAUGUGGUUCUUUCACAAUGAUCUAUGCAUGUUCACACACUGAGGGAAACAUACUAGCACACGCGUGCUGCCAAAAGAAACAAGUGUAGAACAAAGAUAGUGACUUGAAGCUUAUGUUCUUUCAAAGGUUUUCCUUUUUUAAACUAAUUAAUACAAGAAAAUAUUUAGAAAAUGGUUAAAGAAAGCAAAUAUUAUUGCAAAUGAUCUGAGUCAUUUCUGGUUAGAUGUGUCACUUGUCCUGUACUGUAUUUAUACUAUAGCCUGUUUACAUCAGCACAUAUGAGUAGAUUGAAGUUUGAGGGUUUAAACUCUGAACCAACUCCUACGUGAUGACAUGGAUUUGUUUAAGCAAGCCGAAUUUGAGUUAAAAAGCUAUUCGGAAUAAAGUUUUCUCUCAAGUCGGUCACAAAACGA